AUGAAUAUAUUUAAUCAGCAUCACUUCACUCCUGAGACUCCUUAGUUAUUACAAAAUUUAAAUUUAAGAGAUAGCUAAGCUGCAAAGAAGCUAAUAUAAUUAUUAUGUCAUAGUAGUGAGAUCUAAUUUCCUCCAAUAUAAAAUACAAAAAUCAAAUUAAGUGAGUAUAUGGAAAGCCUAACACAAAAACCGAAGAACUUAUUUUAACAAUGUUCUGAAAAAAUUUAUGACAUUUUUGGAUAAAUGGAUAAUAGAACAAUUAUCAAUUCGAUUUUAGAUCAUUUAGAUGAACAUUCCUGUAUCAAUGUGUUAAUGUUGUUUUAUAAAUGUUUGUAGAAUUCUGGCUUAAAAUAAUAAAUCUAUGAGGAUGGCUAUUUAUCCGAAAUCAUUGAAAAAUUUGAAAAUGCUCUAACAACUCCAAAUUCGAUUUAUAUGAAAUUAUCCAAACUAAGUACCACAGGAGACUUUCAUAUGAAUUUAACCAAAUUUUUAUUGACACAUUAUCCAACUGUUUAUUCAAAAGAAAAUAACCUUUAACCAAGAUAAUCAAUUUAAGAAAAUUCUUUUUAAGUAGAGCCUUCCAGACAAUAAAACAAAAAUUUCAAAAUACCUCCUUUAAAAUUACCUUAAAAUAGUUUAGAAAUAAUUGGCGUGAUGACAAGAUCAACAAGGAGAGCGGAUCCUUUUAAAUCAUAUUCUACAUGUUCUAAUAGGUUCUCGCAUUCAAUUGAUUCUGCAAUUAAAUUUACAAGUGGUUCUUAAGCAAUUCAUAUUGAAGAAGAUUAGAAUUGCAAAUUAAAUGCAAAAGAAAAAUUAUAAAAUUUAGCAUAAUUAUUAGGGGGUUAUUGUUUGACUCAAGAUCUAUCAUGUUUGUUGUUGAAACAAAGAAGACAACAUCUAGAAUCUUUAAAAAGAUUGGGAAUCAAUACAUGGCCAAGUAUUUUAAAGGAAGGUGAAGAUCCACUGGCUGAAUCUUUGGAAUAGGAAUAAAGCAAAACUCAAAAGAGUAAGAUUUGUAGACUUUGGGGAAAUAUCCUUUAUUUCCUCUUGAAAGAUAUCAAAAAAAUCUAGUAUGAAUUAUGCCCUUACUCAUCAAUUUUAAAUUAUUUAUGUUCUAGCUCUUUCUAGAAAAAUAAAAUAUCAUCAAAACAAAUACAUUAAGAUUUUGACACUGAUAUAUACCUAAAAAGAUAACUUUGUGAUUCGAGCAAAAUCAAAUAUGACAAUGGAUUGAUAAGUGAAUAGAAGAUAUAUUUUUUAAUUUUGGAUUUGUUCAAUUGUGAUCAAUAACAUAUAAAAUUACAAUAAGAUUCACAAAAAGAAUAAUCAUUUGAAAAUGAUGAAUCAGAAAGAAGCAUUGAAUCUCCUCACACAGUUGCUAACAUUCCAGAAAUGAUGAUUCCGGUGAAAAAUGAAUUAGAAAAAGUGGUAUGUAAUUAUAGACAUUCAAAUACAACUUAAUUCCCAUUUUUAAAGCACAUUUAAUACCGUUUCAAUUUUAUUCUUAGUACAAUGGAUAUGAAUCAAAAUGCCUUUUAUGAAUUGGAAUCUGAUUUACUAGCUAUCCUUGAGAAAUAUUUGAGUUACACUCACAACAGAAUUUUGUUGCCUUAAUUUUUAGACUACAUGAUAGAUAUCUUAGUUAUGAUAAAAAGAUAAAUAAUUGACAUCAUUAAUUGCCAAUAAUCUUCAUCUCGAACUCCUAAUUAAUCACAAUAUAUAUCCAAAUCAGCUAAACAUUAUUCUUAAACUAUAAACAAUAUGUUUAAAUCAAAUAUGUUUGAAACAUCUCCAGAUUAAAAAUCAAAUUAAAACUAAACUUAGUUAUUUUCAUAACAGUAAUAAUUUCAAGCCUCUUAGUUAAAUUUUUCAUCCUAAUAACACUAAUAAUAAUAGCAGCAGCAAUAAUAUUCCACUUUAAAAUUUAAAUCGCAGAAACCUUUUAUUCAAAAGUAUCCUCAAAUCAUCUCCAUAUACAUCAGUAUUCUUUCAAGAUUAUUCUUGAGAGCAAUAAAUGAUUCUUCCAUUAAAUUUCUAUUGAACGUUUAUGUUAAUGAAAUCUUUUUGGAUAUGAUUAAGAAUUUUAGUAUUUAUAUAUUUUAAGAGUUAAAUUCCAAUAAGGAAGAGAACUUUGAAAUCCAUGCAAUGAGAAUAUUAUUAUUUUACGAAUCUAUACUCUUGUUAUUUUAGAAGCAUGAUAAGGAAUUUAAAUAACAGGUGAGAUAAUUUUAAGGAUUUUUAAGUUAACUUCAAAAGGUUCUUCAAAAAUUUAUAGAACAACAUACUUAUUUAUUAUAAAAUCCAUAAGUGAUUAGGGUGUAGGUUUAUAAAAAAGCAUUUGAAGUUUUAGGAUUGUCGUUUUAAUAUCCAAAUGAAGAAUUAUCCUCUUUUAUGAUCAGAUAUUGUUAUGUCAACUUUAUCAAGUUGUAUUCUUAAAGCAAUUUGAAUGACAUGAAGGAAAUAAAUUAGAAAAUCCAAGAAAUUAAUUUGAAAUAAUAACCAAGUUCAAAAUAAGAUGAAAAAUAAUCAAAAUAGUUAAGCUAAAUUUUUAUGAACCUAUAUAUUAAGUGCUUAUUUUGCAUUGCCUAAAAUAGAAGUGAAGACAUUUCAAGAAAAUUUUAUUAGUAUAGGAUAGUUGAGUUUCUAACUCAAGAGAUAGAUUUAGAGUUUGACAUCACUUAAAAUAGAGAGUAGCCAUUAAAUAACUCGUCGUCAUUAAAAUAAGAAUAAAAUAAUUAAGUGGAUUCAUCCAGUAAUAAUGAGAGAUUGAGUUCCAAAAUCAGUGAUAGACCUAAUGUAAAGCCAAAUUAAUAAUCUGUUCAUAAGUAGUAACUACAAGAAAUUUAAGAAGAAAAACAAAAAUAGGCUAAAAAUAAUAGUUAAAUUUUAUUAAAAAAGGUUUUAGUCCCAGCUUUGGAUUUGGAAGGGAAACUGAAAUAGAUUAAUAUUUCAAGUUAAUCUUAUAGCCAUAGUCCAUAAUUUAAUACUUCAGCGAAACAAUAGUAGAACUAAACUGUAUUACAAAAAGUUUCCCCUGAUGACGUUUAAUAAAAUCAUAAAAGAGGUAAUUCAAUGCCAUUUAAAUCAGAAUUAUGCAUUCAAGCUUAAUUAUCAGAAAGUUAAAGAAGAAUGCUAUUACAAAAGCAUAUAAAUCCAAAUAGUAGUGAUCAGAAAUAACCUGUCCCUAAACUAAAUUUACCCAAUUGUCAACAAGAGAAAGAACAAUCGCAACAACUCAAAUUAAAUUUUUAAAAUUAACCAAAAGAUGAGUUAUUCUAUUUUAGUGAAAGAAAGUUAAGAAAAAUAUAUUCUGAUGAAGAAUUACAUGCUAAUUGUUUAUCUCUAUUAAUUUGCUUAUUAAUUAAGCCGAUGAGAGGAACAUUAGACGAUUUGUAUUGUUCUUAGUAUCCAAUUAUUAAUGGAAAACCCAACAUUCUAUAUUUAUUGCAUCAUCAUCUUAAUCAUCCCUAAAAUCAAAAUGUAAUAAAAUUAGUUUUAUAAAAAAUUACAAAUAUUAAGAUUAUUAGAUUGUUAAAAUUAUUGUGUAUAUCUCUGUUUGAUAUCAAAUAAUAUACUGAUUGGUAGAAAAUAGCAUCAGGAGCAUAUGGAGUAAUCUAUCAAUGCAAAACUGCUUUGCAAGAACCAGAAUAUGUAGCAAUAAAAUAAAUGGGACUGCCAAAAAGCAUAUAUGAAAGAUGUGUCCUUCAUGGACUAUUUACAGAAAUAGCUUGUAUGGAGAAUUUUAGGUUAACACCCCAAGUUGCCACUCUCUAUGAUUACGGUGUAACUUCGAGUGAUUAUAUAAUUGUUAUGAAGAAAUACCCAUAAUCAUUAAAAGAAUGGAGACAAUAAUAGAAAGGAUCCUUUUUGGAUAAUCUCGGUGUCUAUUUGAGCUUGUACAAGGAAGUUCUAUAGGCUGUACAAAUGUUACACAAUCAUAAUGUUACCCAUUACGAUAUAAAAGCUGAUAACAUUUUGUUGGAUGGUAUGCACGUUGUUCUGACUGAUUUCGGAGAAUCUAGUAUAUUUAUGAAUGAAGAGGAUGAAUAUUGUGUAAGAAAUAGGGGCACAGAAUAUAUUAAGUCACCAGAAAUGCUAACAUUGACCAUGAAUUCUAAAAAAGAAUAAGACACUUAUGAUAGACGAAAAAAAGUAGGAACAACCAGGUCCUCUGAUGUUUGGUCUCUUGGUUGUUUGCUAUUUGAAAUAUUGACUGGAGAAUUAUUAUUUUUUAAAAAAGAAUGGGUGUAAUUUUAUCUAUAAGUCACCUAACCCACUGAAUAAUUAAUUUCUGAAGAAAAAUAAAAACUUCUUGGAAAUAAUGUUUAUAUUAUAGAUUUUUUGAAAUAUGUCCUUGUCAGAGAUUAAAAACAUAGACCAAAUAUUGAAAGCGUUUUGAAACGAUUUGAACACGUUCAUGCUCUUUUAGUAACUAAUAAUUAAUAAAAAAUAACUCAAUAAACCCUUCUCAACACGAAAUCAUUUGAAAUAUUGCUUGAAGAUUAUCAUAAGUUGGUUUACUACAAUGAUGAAAAUGUUGAGAUUGAACCUGCUUAACCUAUUCACUUGUCUUUUUUUAAAGUUACCUAAGAAAUUUUUGUUUCUGACUAAAAUUAUUUUAAACAAAAUUAAGAAAAGUUGAUUGAAGUUGGAAUUACUAAUGUGAUUUCAGAUACUUAAUAAUUAAAAGCUCAGGAUUUACACAAAUUCCAAUAUAUCAUCUUCUCUUUAGAAAAUAUUGCACAAUUACCAGAUUAUGUAAAGGCAGCUUAACUAGUCCCUCACAUGCUUGAUUAUUUGAGGUAGAUUCUUCUUCACAAAGGUAAACUUCUAAUUGUUGAAAAUCACUCAUCUUAUUUGCGAUAGGCUUUACUUUUGACUUUAUGUUAUUUUUUUAGGCUAAGUGCUUACGAAGUUCAUAACAUCUUUAAUAACUAGCUACUCUAUUUUAAUGUGUCAAAUCUACCAAUUUUAAAUAAAUUAUCUAUUUAUUCAAAUCAAUUAACUCAGCAUUUAUUAACAUACCCUCGAUUACAAUGCAUUUGUGGAUGUGUAACGUUUAUUCUUAAACGAGAUUUCAAUGAUGAAAAAAGAAUGUAGAUUUAAUAGUGUCAUUGUCAUGGAAACAUGUUAUGUAAUGGAGGAGCAGGAUUGACUAAAGGAUGCUCACAAUAUUUGAAAUUUUUGAGAAAACGAUAUAAAAUAUCAUGGGAAUAAAUUAAAUGGGGAUAAAUAGAUUUCGAUGCCUUUUUGAUAGGUCCUUUUAAUAAAGGGUCAAUAAGAUAAGAAAGUAGGAUCUAAAUUUUGUUAUCCUCUAUGGGAUCCAAUCAUAACUUACUUAAUAAUUAAUCAAACAGCGAUUGGAAUGUUUAUUAAUGCAAUAAAUGUGAUAUGUGGAUGAUUGCCUAUAAUAGAUAAUCACAUGAUUUAUUAGUCAUCAUGAAUAAUUUGUAUCGAAAGAAUCACAAUAAAUUUUUCGGUGACAAAUUAAAAUUACCAAAUUUAAAAAAUUUUAGUCUUUUAGAAUUAAGAUGAUUUAUAUGCAACAUAAUUUACAUAAUUGAAAACAAUAUUAA